AUCAUUUAUGGUUAUCGUAAAUUCAUAAUUACAUCUGAUAUUAUAAUACUUGACGAUUUGAUAGAUUUCAUUCUUAAAUUCAAGAUGAACAGAAAGGGGAAGCUUUUUCUUCGCUUCGCCAUUUUGAUACUUUCCAUGGAUCUUCAGACAGCAGAUGCAAGUUCUGAUCUCUUCUUUCCAUUUGGACUAAGUGAAGGAGAUGAUUUCCUACCUGCAAAUGAUGAUGGUUCCACGGCCGAGCUUCCGAUCACCGUCGUUUUUCCCUUCUUUGAUCAUGAUUAUACCAGUUUGUUUGUAAACAACAAUGGUGCAAUCUCCUUCUUGGGAAGCGUUUCUCAAUUCACUUCCAAUGCGUUCCCAGUUGCGGAUGGCCGACCACUACUGACACCAUUCUGGGCAGAUGUCGACACAAGGCUUGGUGGGAAUUUAACGUUUCGUGAAGUCUUACGAUUCUCCCAGAGCGAUGGCAUAUUCAUCGAAGCCGAUGAUAUCAUAAGAGCAAACUUUAUUGAAAUGAGAGGCUUUCGUUCGUCAUGGUUGUACACCGCAACCUGGGACAAAGUGCCUUUCUUCGGUGCUUUUAAUAACUCAAUUACAAAUUCCUUUCAGGCUGUACUUGUCACUGAUGGCCGCUACUCCUUCGUCAUCUUUAACUACGGAGACAUUAACUGGACCACUGGUACUGCAAGUGAUGGUAACAUCUUCUCUGGUCUCGGUGGCACCCCAGCUCAGGUUGGAUUUAAUGCUGGUGACGGUGUGAAUUAUUACAGUGUCAGCGGAUCUAGGACCGAUUCAAUUGUCGAUAUUGAAACAACAUCAAACAUAGGUGUCCCAGGAAGAUGGGUCUUUAGAGUUGAUAACUCAAACAUCGGUGGACUAACAUGUACAACUUCAGGUGACAUUUCUCUGUUCCCAUUGGUCGGUUCAAUGCUUGGUGGAACACAAGUAUUUGUAAGUGGACCUUGCUUCAACUCAACCAGCUUGAUUGCGUGUGAUUUCGACGGGACGGUGACUAAUGGGAAACUUCUGUCCAAUGAGAUCGGCAUUUGUAUUUCACCUCCGUUCUACAAAGUUGGAAGGGUUCCCCUUCGUGUGUCUCUUGACGACGGGGCAACUUUCGAUUUCUCCGGAACGUUCACAAUAAUCAGUAUCGAGGCGGUUCCUGGAAACGUUUUCUCUUCAGUUAUGGAGAGCAGCGUGAGAGAAUCCGACCUCGAGAUCACAUGGGACACGUAUGCCCUCGAAAACGUGACCGACGUUGACAUCGUUGUGUAUGGUUACCGAGAGAAGGAUGAGAUUGAGUUAAGGGGACCUUUAUUCUCACUGGCACAGGGGGUUGACUAUUCAAUUGGUCACCACAGCGUUUCAGGGAUAGUUGGCACGGAGACAAAUUUCGAUAUCGGCGUUAUUGGUAUCAUGGAAUCAGAAGAGCAAGGUGGAAAUCUUACCCGUUCAGUUCUUUGGAGCAAGGUCCAUGUUCUUCAGUGGUACAAUGGCCACAAUGUCUCGACUUGGUGCCCUGGGUGGAUUGCAGAAGAGGCCUUGUCAGACAGAUCUUUCUUGUCCAACACGCCGGAGUGUCCAUGCACCCUGGCUCAGGCCGAGAUUGAUAUAGGAAGAUUUAGUCCACAUCCGGAGUGCGACAUCGAUAUUUCGUCACCUAGUAACUGCAUUCACAAACAUGGAGCCUUCCAUUGCGUUCGAGCAGAUACCCCAAGCAUUUCAGGAGGCGGGCAAGAGUGUUGCUAUGACAUUAACGGAGAGAUUAUCGACGUCGCCAAUAACCAAGGAGGAGGCUACAGUCAUCGUUAUCAUCACGGGGGAGUCCUCCCGUAUGGCCAACCUCAGAAGGUACCUUAUUUGUCGCACUACGUUGCAGACAUCUUGCCGUGGACUUACUGCUGUCGUUUUGAUCAAUCUCUCUGCACAUCGUAUGGAUCAUAUCGUCCGUCACAAACUUGCACCAACUAUGUGCCACCUUCGCCAGCCCUGGGCAAUGGUGACCCCCAUAUUUCAACGCUGGACUCCACGACCUAUACUUUCAACGGUUAUGGUGAAUUCACUCUGCUGACUGCACUGGAUGGCGCGUUCGUCUUACAAUCAAGAGCUGCACCUCUCGAUGGAAUUUCCGGCGCAACUGUGUUUGUCGCUAUAGCAGCCCGCUUUGAUGACAGUGACGUCAUUCACGUUCAAACCAAUGAACGCAGAGUUCUUGAUGCGUAUGUACGAGAAUCAGACGGGGAAAGCUUCACUAGAAUUGAUUUUGAUCAAGCUCCUCGAUGGUCAUUUACAGGUGUCUCGGUAACCGGUCGCAAUAUAACCGAAGAUGGGGUCAUCCUAGCCUUCGACCGAGGUGUAGGACUGACUGUGAAAGCCUCGGAGGGGGCCAUGAGCAUCUUUCUUGUAGCCCCAGAGUCCUUCCAGGGUCAAACGCACGGCCUGAUGGGAACGUGGAAUCGUAUGUCCGGUGACGAUUUCGAGACUCCACAAGGAAAUGUCCUUUCGCCCGAUUUGACUACUGAGGAAUUGCAUUACCAGUUUGGACUGUUAUGGGAAAUAGACGUAGCGCAAUCGCUGUUCUAUUACGAACCAGGUGCGAACCACGAAUCCCAUACCGACCGUUCUUACAUUCCUGUCUUUGAGCCUCCAAUAAAUAUGUUGGUCGACCAAAGUCUAGUGAUAGAGGUCUGUGGGACCAACCAGUUCUGCAUCUUCGACUUCCAGACAACAGGCUCUCAAAGUUUUGCUCAAAAUUCCGUGAAUUCGUUUUCAACGUAUCAGCAGGCAGUCGAAAGCAGAGCAGCUGUGUUAGGUUGUCCACCUGCCCCAAUCCCUAAUAACGGAAGUGUCAACGUAACUUCAUCCAUGCCAGGCGGCGUAGCUACAUUUGGAUGCGAUGCUGGAUUCGAACUGAAUCACGUGGUCACGUUAACCUGCCAAUCAAAUGGCGUGUGGAGCGAUGGCAGUAUUCCCACAUGCGAGACUGCAAAUAAAGAACCUACAGAUCUUUCGGUGCCAAUUAUCAUUGGUAUAUCUGUUGGAGUGGCAUUACUGGUUGUUGCGAUCAUAAUUAUCAUCGUUGUGACCUACAAAUGGAUGAAGCUGAAGCCAGCGGCUAGGAUCGGUCCUGACUCAAAUCAUGGUGGAACACACGCGAACCCUACCUAUGUGACCAAUACUUAGUGCUUGGCGGGAAAACGACAACGAAACAUAUGGAUCGACGAAGAAGGUGAUUGCAUUGGACUCGGAGAUCUAUAGAAAGACUUUUUGUGGGUGUCUUUUUGUUUUGUCACAGUGUUUGGAUUAUGUUAUUUUCUCCACUUUUGUCUUCGGUAUUUCUGAAGAAGUGCGUGCAGCUGAGUCUCGGGAACACUUUUAAUCUUACCAAAAUUACAGGAAACUGGUGUUUGGUGUAUGGAAUCUUACAAAUUUCCUUAAAUAAAACACCCUUGUCCCCUUUUUAAAUAGACCUGUUCUG